AUGAGGUCUCUUGGUACACUCAGCAUCACGAUCGCCUUGCUCGGCCUCAUCGUCUUCUUGACAAGUACUACUAAGGCCACCACUUUUCCCUUCGAACAAUUCGACGAUCAUCCAUCCCAAUAUGCCCAUUACGAAGAUCUAGAACGUGGACAAUUCAAAAAGGCUUCCAUUCUUAAACCCUUCAACGAGGAACAAAUAAAACAAAUAGAACAAAUUUACAAUGACAGGCCUUCAUACAAAGGCAUGCCCAUCAUCUUUUCCAGUCCAGAAGGCUACAGGCUUAAAAGUCUCCAGGAAGCCUUCGCUGCCUUCCCGACGGUGCAUUUGUCUGGGCGUCACGAUAUAGGUCAAGACUCGCUGACUAUUCGUAAACACUACUUGGAUGCCUCAGAGAUUGUCAAAGCGAGUCCAGAUGUCCACGAAUAUACCCGCGAUGUCAUGGCCGCUCUAAAGACUUUUGGCGAACCGGCAGCGAUUGUCGCCUACGGUCACAAGCUUAGCGACACUAAAGAUUAA